AUGAAUGGAUCUCCAGGCUCCUAUAGUAAUCAUGGGUUUGGGAUUCCCGUCAAUGGUGGGAAUCGGACGAGUGGUGGUGGACCUGUUAACGCUCAAAGGUCAAUGAAUGCUCAGCAAAUGCUACAACAACAGCAGGCACAACAAACACAGCUGCAACAGAAGCAGAGAAUGCUUCUGCAACAAAGGGCGUUACAACAACAGAAACAGCAGCAAGCCUCUCAAAAUUAUGAGGCUCAAUUUUACCAACUGUUGAUGACAUUGAAUGAAAAGCCAAAGCGAAUCUACAAUUUUGUUGAAACCACAGAUUUGACGUUAAAAAAGUACGAGCAGUAUAGGCCAAGUUUUGAGUUCCAUAUUUAUGAAAAUAAUUAUAAAAUAUGUGCACCUGCAAACACGCGACUGCAACAGCAACAGAAGACGCCUGAGCUUACAAGUGAUGGUUUAAUAUUAAACAAAAAUAAUGCGAUACUUAAGGAAUUCUUGGAGUGCGUUGCCAGAGGCAGGAUACCAGAAGCGAUAAUGGAAGUUCUUCGGGAUUCCAAUAUACAGUUUUACGAGGGAAAUUUGAUACUACAAGUUUACGACCAUACCAAUACUGUGGAUGUUAUUUCGAGGGAUCAGAAGCCACAGGCUCAGGGUAGUCCACAGGCUCAGGGCAGCCCACAGAGUCAAGUUAAUGAUCAAGAACAAGGUCAAAACUCACACCAACGCCAGCCGACUAAGCAAGAACCACGAGAAGAACAUGAGGACCAUGAAGCACAAAUGACUCCUGAGAACUCACGGUCAUCCAUGAAUUAUGUCAGGCAGCCAGGAAGUACAAAUUCCUUCUCUUCCCAGCAAGGCACAAAUGGGGGAGACAACAGUUCACAAUCUUCUUCUAUACCGGGCUCAAAUAAACCGGUACCAUCCACUUUCAAAAGGCCAAGAGUAUAUCGGACACUCUUGAGGCCUAGUGAUUUGACUCACUACUAUGAUACAAUGUCAUACGCUGAUCAUACGAGAUUUUCUGACAGUAUAUACCAACAACUGGAGUCUGAAACGUUGUCUUUAACAAAGCGCAAUCUAUCACUAGCUGUUCAACUGAAUCCCUAUGAACACAAGGACAAGUUGGAGGAUACUUUGUUUGCCAUGCCCUCUUGGGAUGAAAAAAGGAACAAAUUAUCUCAUGUUCACCGAACAGAAUCUAAAGUUCCAGGGAGUAAGGGAGUCGUUGGCCAUAUUGAUGAACAUGAAGAAUUGCCUCAGCAUUACUCCAAUUACGAACAAAUGAUGAUGAUAAUGAGUGAACGUACUACUACAUCUACAAACUCUACUUUUGCUGCCUCACUUACGAAGAAUGCAUCACAGACAGAUGUUGCCGACGCCUCUAAAUCUGGAAAUGGAAAGAAUCUUGGAUCAACGUCUGGGAAUGGAAACGCCGGUAGCAGAUCUUCAUCUAGUACUAAUCAGGUUGCAAUUGCUGCUGCUGCUGCCGCCGCUGCAGCAGGUCUGACUGUGGGAAACGAAAACAACCAAUUCAGUAGAUUGAAGUUCAUAGAGCAGUGGAGAAUAAAUAAAGAAAAAAGAAAGCAACAGUCUUUAAAUAAUAACAUGGCACCUGGUGCAUAUAAUAGAGUGAUAUCAAUGGCAACACCGUUGACGUCUCAAAGUCAGUUCUCUCAGCAUACACCAAAUGGUCGCAAUGAUGUAGGAAAUAGCGAGUCCACCUCUUUUCAGCAAAACCAACAGCAGCAACAACAACAACAACAACAACAAAAGGCAAACGCUAAACGUGCAUUAAAUGACAAAUCAAAGGCAAAAAAGCCCCGCAAGACCAAGAAGAAUGCAAAUGCUGAGAACGCAACCGCUGAAGGGCAAGUAAAGAAAAAACGUGUGACCAAGAAGAAGUAG